UGAAGUAAACCCCUCCACUGUGAGAGAGGGAGAGAAGGUGACACUAAGAUGUGACACAACAUGUACACUGAGUGACCAUCCCACUAUUGUCUGGUUCAGGGAUGGACACUCAGUACACAACACAGAGUUCCUGGCCAACAUUGAGGAUUCUGAUAGAUACCAAUGUGCUGUUCAAGGUCAAGAUCUUCUCUCCUCUGCUCCAGUGUCUCUUGACUUCCAAUGUCAGUCUCUCUGGAUGCAUUCUGCAGGAGGUGUUGCAGUUGCUGCAAUGUGGCUCUUUGAAACAACCAGUGUGAUAAUGGUGAUUACUCUCACGUCGCCAGGUGUUUGUGGGGGUAAUUGGGGUGUGACUUUCAACGAUACAGCUCCAUGUGCCUUAAAAGGGUCAUCAGUGGUGUUUGGAUGCAGUUAUGACUACCCCUCAAACCAGAUUAUAACAAAUACCUUCUGGAAGUUCACGACUCAAAAAGAUGACACAAAUGUCUUUGAUCAAUACGGAGGACAUGUAGAAUACCUUGGAAAUAAAAAACACAACUGCACCUUGAGAAUUAAUAACCUAAAUAGUAGUGAUGAAAAUUCCUAUCUCUUCAGAUUUAAGACAGUUAAUAAUAAUGGCCAACUGAAUGCAUGGAGCAGUACAUCAGUUUCACUAACUCUGACAGGGCUGACAGCUGAAGUAAACCCUGCCACUGUGAGAGAGGGAGAGAAGGUGACACUAAAAUGUAGCACAACCUGUACACUGAGUAACCAUCCCACUAUUGUCUGGUUCAGGGAUGGACAAUCAGUAUCAAAAACAGAGUUUCAGGCAAAUAGUGAUGAUUCUGGUAGAUACCGAUGUGCUGAUCAAGGUCAAGAUCUUCUCUCCUCUGCGCCAGUGUCUCUUGAUGUCCAAUAUGCUCCAAAGAAUGUCACAUUGUCAGUCAAUCCAUCUGGAGAUGUUGUUAAGGGUAACUCAGUCACUCUCACCUGCAGCUGCAGUGCAAACCCCCCUGUGUUGGCCUACACCCUGUAUAAGGAGAGUGGACAGCCCCUUGCAACUCUGACACCAUCGCAGAGUCACACUAUUCGUAGCAUCAGUCUCACAGACAGUGGAGGGUACUACUGCCAGGCACAAAAUGAAGUCAGUGUUGUCAAGUCUAAUGUAACUUCACUCAACGUUCAGUACCCUCCUGAGGACACAUCUGUGUCAGUCAGUCCCUCUGGUCCAGUGGUAGAGGGCAUCUUUGUGAAUCUGACCUGUAGCAGCCAUGCUAACCCAGCAGUGAGCUACACCUGGUACAGAGUCAAUGGGAGAAGCCCUGUCCAGUCAGGGACUCAGUUGAUACUUGAGAAGGUCUCUCCUGCUAACUCAGGGAGGUAUUACUGUGAGGCACAGAACAAACAUGGAGCCCUCAACUCAUCACUCCUGUUGCUUGAUGUUCUGUAUCCCCCAAGGAACACCUUGGUAUCAGUCAGUUUCUCUGUCCCACUGUUAGAGGGAAGCUCUGUGAACCUGACCUGCAGCAGUCAUGCCAACCCAGCAGUGGAGAACUACACCUGGUUUAAGAAGGAUGGAACAGACACCUCACAGACAGGGUCAGGAGAGGUGUUGGCAUUGACCUCUCUACCCUCCUCUGACAGUGGACAGUACUUCUGUGAGGCCAGGAACAGAGAAGGGGCUCACAACUCUACUGUGGUGUCUCUGACCAUACAGGGUGCCAAUCAAGCUACAAAGACUUUCCAAAUGCCAGUUUACAUCAGUUCCGCGGCCACAGUUUUCAUGGUGAUCAUACUUGUUCUGUUCUUAUGGAUGUGGAAAAGCCCAAUCAAAUUAUGUCAAAAGACUGCUGUGGACAAAGAGGACGAUCAAAACACAGUCUUAUCCAGUAGAAGAACCAGUAACGAUCCAGCCACACAGGAAACUAGAACGGAGGAACAGGAAAAUGCCCUCUAUGCCAACGUUCAACUGCCUCCCUCUCACACCCACCACCAAGACAGUUCUCUGUACUCUGUGGUCAAGCCACCAGCUCUGCAGAACCCUCCUGACCCUCAUUACGCUACUUUUGACUUCCAGCAGUUCCACAGCUCCAUCGACAAGGCCCAACUCUCAGGACUCCAUGAGGAUGAUGUUGUAUACUCCACAAUGAAACCCAGACAGGUCAACAUGACAGACAACCUACAGUAUGCCAGCAUCCAGUUCCCACUCCCCAGUCCUUCUGCCAGAUCAGAAGAAAGGUUAGAGGUGGACCAUUCUGUUAUCUACUCCACUAUUGCCAAACCUGAAGCCUGAACAUAUAAUUUCAUGAUGUUGAAUAAACGAAGCAGCAUUGGAACACAUGUUAAGAUAUGUAAAGUAUGCAAUUAAUAGGUAGUUAUGGUAAUAAGUCUAUAUGUCUUGUACUGUACUUGUAAUGUAUGUGUCUUGGGUGUGACGGUGAGCUUCCAUUGCUUGUGCAUGCUUCUAUUUUGAUAAUUGAAUGAUGGAUCCUGAAACUUUAUUGGCUGACUGUUUCUUUUUUUGUUUGAGGUGCAACCGGCCAGGGGAAGGUGCUGUAUUUUUGUUUGUUUAGUUUGUUUGUUUUAUUAAUUAUGUACUGUUAUGACCUCCUUUUGACCAGGCUGAGAAAGAGUCUUAGUAAUUCAGUUUAACUCAUAAACAAGUUAACUUGCAA